GCGUAUCCGCCAACACGCAUGCGAGCCUUGCAAAUUUCCUCCAGCGUCUUCCCCAAUGGCGUCCCACGUCCACAGGCUUCAGUUCAACACGGCGACGCCGUCUCCUGCACUUCUGGCCCCGCAAACUCUCAACCGCCGCUCUCCGAAGUCCGUCGAAUACCGCCGGAACCGAGGUCGCGACGGCUUGGUCGCUUGCCGCUCCUCUCUCGUCGGCGAACAGCAGGAGGCCUCUCCGUUCACUGAUCCGGAGACGCAGCUCAUCGAAGCUCUCAUCGGCAUCCAAGGCCGUGGUCGCUCUGCUAAUCCGCAGCAGCUCCAGGAUGUUCAGCGAGCAGUUGAAGUUCUGGAGACUUUGGGAGGAGUGCCAGAUCCGACAAGCUCUGAUCUCAUCGAAGGUCGAUGGCAAUUGAUGUUCACAACUCGACCUGGAACAGCGUCCCCGAUUCAGAGAACAUUUGUCGGCGUUGACGUGUUUAGCGUAUUUCAAGAGAUAUAUCUUAGGUCGAAUGAUCCCCGCGUAUCCAAUAUCGUGGUAUUCUCUGAAGCCAUUGGCGAGUUAAAAGUAGAGGCAGCUGCAUCGGUCAGUGAUGGAAAAAGGAUCCUUUUUCGGUUUGAUAAGGCGGCUUUUUCCUUUAAAUUUAUACCAUUCAAGGUUCCAUAUCCAGUGCCAUUUAGGCUUCUUGGAGAUGAAGCAAAAGGAUGGUUAGACACUACAUAUUUGUCUGAAUCUGGAAACCUCCGUAUCUCGAGAGGAAAUAAGGGAACCACAUUUGUGCUGCAAAAGCUGACUGAACCUAGGCAGUUGUUACUAUCAGCUAUUUCCACUGGAAAAGGAAUUGAAAAGGCAAUUGAUGAGAUCACAUCUUCGAGCAAGAACAAAGGUGACAGCGAGCUUGAACUUGUAGAAGGUGAAUGGAAUAUGAUCUGGAGUUCACAGAUGGAGACGGACAGUUGGAUAGAGAAUGCAGCUAAUGGACUGAUGGGCACACAGAUUGUCAAAAAGAGUGCACAAAUGAAAUUUGUGGCGAACAUCUUGCCUGGCCUGAGAUUCUCCAUGAAUGGCACAUUUGUGAAAUCCGGCACCAAUUCGUAUGAUGUCACGAUGGAUGAUGCCGCUAUCAUCGGAGGCCCACUUGGAUAUCCUGUGGAAAUGGAGACCAAGUUUAAGCUGGAGCUUCUAUAUGCAGACGACAGAAUCAGGAUCAGUCGGGGUUACAACAACAUAGUCUUUGUGCAUCUCCGUGUGGAUAGAACAAAGUAAAUCUGCUACUAUGUUUGCUUCCCAGACAUUGCAUGACACAAGCCAAUGUAUGUCUACCAGAUUUACAAUCACGCCGGCUAUAUGUAAACAUUUGAUUUAAUAACAUUUCAUUUUUCUUC